UAUCUUACUUUUUCGAAGUCUAUGGCGAUUUUUAAAGCAAAGUUGUAAACAAACAAGGGGUACAUAAUGAAAGAGAAAUAGAAACGAGAAUUAAGUAUAGCAAGGAUUUAUAUGUAUUUUCAUUUAAAAAGUGCGUUUGUUAAUAUUUUCUGUAUUUGGAGAGAUAAAAUUGUGAAGCUUCAAACGUAACCUGUAAAUAUUAUUAGUGAAAUGUCUUUUAAAAUGUGGGCAUUUCUGAAGUUAUGAAACUUUGUUACGAGGUUACAGUUUAUUAAGAAUUCCUUAAUUAAUUGUAAAUAAAUAAAUUAUUGAAUCUUAAUUUAUUUGUUUUGUAAAACAAUAAAAAGCAAUAAUGGAUCAGAUGUUACCAAGUCCUGGGUUUAGUAUACCCAGUAUAGGAACUCCUUUACAUCAACCUGAAGAAGAUCAACAAAUUUUACCUAAUGCAUUGCAACAACAGCAACAACAACAACAAUCACAGCAACAGCAGCAACAACAGCCUCAACAACAGCAAUAUCAGUUACAGCAACUGCAUGCCAUGAGUCCAAAUAUGCUUAUGCUUGGAACACCGCAAAAAACUAUGCAUGCAUAUGCAUCAACACCUACAUUUGCAACACCACAAAGUCUUAUGCAGCCACAAACACCGCAAAAUAUGAUGUCCCCAUUAGUACAAAAUACAAAUCACAUAGCACCGCCAUCAAUAGGACCAUCUACUCCUGGUCCAAUGACUCCUAUGACACCUGCCUCAGCGGAUCCUGGGAUAUUACCACAACUUCAGAAUAUUGUCUCCACAGUUAAUUUAAAUUGUAAGUUAGAUUUAAAAAAGAUUGCCCUUCAUGCAAGAAAUGCAGAGUAUAAUCCAAAGAGAUUUGCUGCAGUCAUUAUGAGGAUAAGAGAACCAAGAACUACAGCUUUAAUAUUCAGUAGUGGAAAAAUGGUUUGCACAGGAGCAAAAAGUGAAGAGGAUUCGCGAUUGGCUGCAAGAAAGUAUGCCAGAAUUAUUCAGAAGCUUGGUUUCCCUGCAAAGUUUCUGGACUUCAAAAUACAAAAUAUGGUAGGAAGUUGUGAUGUGAAAUUUCCAAUUAGACUGGAGGGUUUGGUACUCACUCAUGGACAGUUCUCCUCAUACGAACCGGAACUAUUUCCUGGAUUAAUAUAUCGAAUGGUUAAACCUAGAAUUGUUCUGUUGAUAUUCGUGUCAGGGAAAGUAGUUUUAACAGGAGCAAAAGUUCGACAAGAGAUCUAUGAGGCAUUUGAUAAUAUUUAUCCAAUUCUAAAAAGUUUCAAGAAGCAGUGACCUUAUUUUUUAUGCAUUGAAGUUCUGCUUCACAUGGACAAAAUCUAGGGCAAGAUGAAAGAAUGCCAACCACUUUGAAAAAAAUGUGUCUUCUCGAUAAUGUGGUGCCUUGAUCGAGGGAUAGUCGUCACUUUAGAAUUUCAUUUUAAUUUAUACGUAUUUAUAUAACAUAAGCAUUAUUAAUUUCAAACAUUUUUAUUAUCGCAUUAAGCGCGAUAACGUUCCUGUGACUGGAUAGAAAUAGAACAAUGAAUACUUUGUUACCUACAAGUUACAAGCAAUAGAAAAAAUGGAGGAGUUUUUUAAAAUAGAAACUAACUGAUAAUAUUACAUAUGUACUACCAUUUGCAUUCUUGAAAC